AUGUCUCCCACAGCCCAGGUCAUCAACGCCAACCCCAGCCCUUACCAGGGUGACAAGGUUGGCGACCUCAUUUCCGCCUCCGAAACCACUCCCAAAGCUAGCCGUAUCGAUCUCGCCCGCUUCCUCAGUCAGUCCGCUCGCAACCGCCCCGCAUCCGUCAUUCGUUCCCUCUUCCCUGCCGAGAUGAUCCCCGGCAUGCUCUCUCUGCUUGCUGGCAAGCCCAACCCCGAUACCUUCCCUUUCGAAUCUCUCAGCCUCAACCUCAAGCCUGAAGCUGAAGCAGGUCCCAUUUCGCUCACCAUUCAAGGCGAGGACCUCAACGUUGCGCUUCAGUACGGUGCCACUGCCGGCAUUCCCAAACUCGUUCAGUGGAUUACACAGCUUCAGACUCACAUGCACAAGAGGGACGUGGUCACACCUGGGUCCAAGCUCGACGGUGUUGCCGGUAGGACUCCUUGGCGUGUGACUACGGGUAAUGGAUCUCAGGAUUUGUUGCACAAGACGUUUGAUGCGUUGCUCAACCCGGGUGAUGUGAUUCUGGUCGAGUCUCCUGUUUACACUGGUAUCUUGCCUUCGUUGGUCAUGCUCAAGGUAAAGAUUGUACCAGUGGAGAGCGAUGAUGAGGGUCUGAUGGCAACGCGACUUGCUGAGAUGAUGGAGAAAUGGGAGACGGAUCCGGUUACUGCAGGUCUUGCCCGUCCUAAGUGUCUAUACACCACUCCUACGGGUGCCAACCCUGCAGGAACUACUGCUUCGGACGACCGUAAGCGACAGAUCCUCGCUCUCGCCCGCCAACACGACUUCCUGCUUCUCGAAGAUGACCCUUACUACUACCUUCACUUCGAAGGUCUGGACCAAGACGCUGUCACUCGAGCCCGUCCCAAGUCCUACUGGGCGCUCGAGGAAGAACACCGUGAGCGAUGGGGCACGGGUCGAGUCCUCCGUUUCGAAUCCUUCUCCAAGAUCCUCUGUGCCGGUAUUCGCAUCGGCUUCGCCACUGGCCCCAACGAGAUCCUUGACGCCGUCGAUGCCAACACUGCCAACUCCAACCUUCAACCCUCUGGUGUUGCUGGCGUCGUCGCAUACACUCUACUCAACUACUGGGGCAUCCCAGGCUUCCUACGUAACGUAGACAAUGUGGCGAGAUACUACGUCAAGCGUCGUGACAACUUCGAGGCCAAAGCUAGGAAGGUGCUUGGUGAAGCGGGGGUUGCCAGGUGGGUGACACCUGUAGCAGGGAUGUUCUUGUGGUUGAAGCUCAACUUGCCUCCUGCGGGAGAGGAUACGCCGGAAGGAGAUAGUUUUGCGUUGAUCUCGGAUAAGGCCAAGGCGAAGGGUGUUUUGGCGGUGCCCGGUGUUGCGUUCAUUCCGGAUGGUAGUAAGACUUGUUAUGUUAGGACGAGUUUCAGUUUGAUUGCUGAGAAGGAUGUUGAGGAGGCGUUCAAGAGGUUGAGAGAUGUCGUGCUGGAGGCUUGGAAGGAGGCUGGAAAGGAGAUGCCUGUUUUGAAGUAG